AUUGGUGAUACUAUUACACUAAAUCACCAAGCAACUUUGUUGAAUAACAAAAUUGUAAAAAUGAGCAACAUGAUAUUGUUCUUAGUGGUGGUGUUGUUUUCAACUACUCUUACAAGUCAUAGUGUUGAUGGAUGUGAUAUUACUUUGAAAGAAGAUUUUGAGUUGGAGAGACAUCUAAAGCUAAUUAAUAAGCCUCCUAUAAAGAGUAUUGAGACAGAGUUUGGAUACAUAGUUGAUUGUGUUGAUAUUAAAAAACAACCUGCUUUAGAUCAUCCUUUAUUAAAGAAUCAUAAAUUACAGACAAGACCAAGUAUUUUUUCAAAAAAUGAAAAAACAAAUUUAAAUAUUUCACCGACUAAAACUAGAUUUGGAUUGGACAUAGUCAAUUGUCCUAAAGGAUCUGUUCCGAUACGGAGGACAACAAAAGAAGAACUCAUUCGUGCUAAAUCUUUAUUGGAAAAUAACACUUUAGCUAAACGCGAUGCUCACAAAGCGGAAGUAUAUCUAAAGAAUUUUCAUGGUGAAAAUUAUUAUGGAGUAAGUGGAACUACUAGCGUUUAUAAACCAGAAUGUACUAUUGAACAAGCUAGCGCAUCUAAUGCAUAUGUCCGAAAUGGAGAGGGAGGCGCUAUUAAUGAAAUUAGUGUUGGAUGGCAUGUAUUUCCCCAUAUAUAUGGUAAUGAUCGCACAUAUGCUUAUGCAACAUGGACCUCUGAUAAUUAUGUAAAGACGGGAUGCUACAAUGUACAGUGUCAAGGUUUUGUCCAAAUCCACAGUCAAUAUCACAUUGGUGCAGCUAUGCAAAAUACAUCUGUUUAUGGUGGAGACACUUUUACAAUGUCAAUUAAUAUUUAUCAAGACGCCAAAUCUAAAAAUUGGUGGAUAUCCAUUUUCGGUAACACAAUUGGAUAUUAUCCACAAGAAUUAUUCAACAACUUAAAAGAAGCUGUUCAAGUGGGAUGGGGUGGAGCGACAAUAGCUAUCGGUGCUCCUAGCCCUAAAAUGGGAUCCGGAUACUUUCCUGAUGGGAACUUUAAACAUGCAUGUUAUUUUCAAAAUAUUGGAUAUAAAAAUGCAACUAAUUCUCAGUAUUAUGGACCUGAUUAUUCUGCAGCAAAAGUUUUCCAUGAUGUCCCUGAAUGCUUUGGCGUUGACUACUAUGGUAGACAUGAAAGCCCAUUUGGAUAUUGUCUUCAAUUUGGAGGACCGGGUGGCAAAUGUGAUUAAUAAUCUAUAUUUUAAAUAAAUUAAAAGUGUAAUAUAUAUCAUCAUAAAUUAAAAGUUGAUCAUAGAAACAUUAUCAAU